GGAAGUGCAGGGUUGGGUUUUCUUUUACGAUUAUGUUUACUACCCUCCCACAUUGUAGGUUGUAAUUGUAAAUACUGAAUGGGGACUUUAGAAAGGUGCAAGGAAGCAGUAGCCUUUAGUAUACUGAAAUGUGUGGUAGGGGAAAGUAGCCCAACGACGGAGUAGCCUAGUCAACUCUUACCCCACUGCCAAAACAUGAUGGAUCUUCGCGCGGUUCUCCUUUCUCUGUCCACUGUGCUGUGCAUGACAGUCGCAGCAGAUCAAAUGAACAGUGAUGGACACUCAGAGCUACCGGCUGCCGAGCUGUCAUAUUCGUUAAUUGGUGAAACCAAUGGCACUAAUGGGACAGAUGGCACAGAAAUGACUUACGGUUUCAUCUCGUGUGCUGUGGCCGUGGUGUUCUACGGAAGCAACUUCGUCCCUGUGAAGAAGAUAGACACUGGCGAUGGAAUGUUUUUUCAGUGGAUCCUAUGUGUUUCUAUAUGGAUAGUGGCUCUGGUCGUAAAUUUAAUACUACACUGCCCCAAAUUCUGGCCCCUGGCAAUGCUUGGUGGAUUUAUCUGGGCCACAGGAAAUAUAACAGUGGUGCCCAUAGUGAAGACUGUUGGUUUAGGGAUGGGAAUUCUCAUCUGGAACUCCUUCAACCUGAUCAUGGGCUGGGCCAGUUCAAGGUUUGGUUGGUUUGGCAUCAAAGCAGAAGUGGUAGGAAACUCUGCAUUGAACUACGGUGGAGCUGCGUUGUGCUUUCUUAGUGCCCUUGUGUUUUUCUUUGUGAAGAGUGAUAUCCAGAGUCUUCGAAGAGCAGAGGAGACACCUUUACUCAUAGAUAAUGUAUGUCCCAUGAGGGAUUUGAGCUCCAUCAAAAAAUAUACUUUAAAUCAAGAUGAUGUGGCUACGUCUACUUCAGAUGAUUCCUGGGUGGAUAGACUCGGACCAAAGACUAAAAGACUUGUAGGCUCUUGUAUGUCUGUUUUUGCUGGUGUCCUAUACGGUUGUUCCUUUGUCCCAGUGCUCUACAUGAAAGCCCAUGCAGACGAUCCAAACAGUCAGUUCCAUGGAGCCAGUAAAUUUGAUCUGGACUAUGUUUUUGCUCAGUUUAGUGGGAUCUUGCUCACCAGCACUGUUUACUUCCUCAUCUACUGUGCAGCAAAGAAGAACAAACCCAUAGUGUUCCCCAAAGCCAUACUACCAGGGUUUGCCUCAGGGAUUAUGUGGGGAAUAGCGACAUGUAGCUGGUUCUUGGCUAAUCACUAUCUGAGUCCUGUGAUCAGCUUCCCUAUUAUCACAGCGGUCCCAGGUCUUAUUGCAGCUGCAUGGGGAGUCCUGCUUUUUAAGGAGGUGAAGGGUUUACGGAAUUUACUGACACUUGGGCUAGCCUUCUGCUUGGUGGUAGCAGGCUCAUUGUUGACGGCCUUUUCCAAGGCCUAGUCAAAUAUCACCACAAGGGAGCAAAGAAUUUAAAAAAAGAAUCCAGGGUUUACUGUUUUUAUUUUCUGUAAAACUGAUAUGUGAUUUAAGAUGUUUACAUUAACAUUAGACAGGAUACUGUCUAUUUCUUUAUCAUUUAUUCAUGUAUGUGCUCUUUUGCCAAAUUUUUCAUUUGACAGAAGAAAUUUAACCUCAAUCCACAUUUCCUUUUCCACUAAAUAUAGUGUCUGACUUUUUACACACUUUCCACAGAUGAAUCACAAAAAACAAUGUGUUUGAAAUUAUAAACCUUAAAGGUGCUGUAGGCAAGAUGUUUUUGAUCAUAUUCACUGAAAUUGACAGUAUGCUCGGACAGAACAGCAUAAAUCUGCUAGUUUUGUUCUUUAAACGCUGCGCUUCUACCUCCACCUAGACCCUCUUAGAUGUUUUGCAAAAAUCCACCGCUCCCAGUUCUUCUGGUCCAAUAAGGGCAGGACUGUAUGAUCAUUGGAAGAUCUGACUGUCAAUCACUGUUUGUGCACUGUGACGAACAAGCACAAACUCGAUGGGAGGGUGCUCGGUAGUGGGAGAGGUGGCUUAGAGUUGUAUACAUUCAAAAUGUUGGGUAAAUCCCCUCAAUCUGCCAGACUUACCAACUGCAGCUUUAACUUUGGAUAUAAAAGGGUUUUUGUUAGUCGUACAUGAGUUUGUGGUAAAUACAAUUUUAUAUGUAGCCUAUUUGUGGGGCAUAAACUUGAUUAAGGGCACGUGUGAUGAUCAGUGUGAUCUAUUUUCUAUCUAUUUUCUAUUUAAAUGUAAAAAUUGUCUUAUUGAAUUAAAGAAUGAAUACAUGUCUUUUGAAUUAAAAUAUAUUUAGUGUGA